AUGCCGCUUCAAUUGUUUGGCAGAGAUGAUAUUAUUGUUUCAUAUGAGGACGAAAAUCGAGGGAAUACACCGCACAGAUGGAGCGAGAGCAGACAUGGAAUUGUUGGUAGGGUACGAAACUGGAUUUCUUCUCGAAUGCAAGGAUUGACAGAUCGCAAGUUUUGUGGGAUAGGUAUAGUGCAUUGGCUCAUGCUUUUUGUAUGGUCUGCUUUGCUGGUACGAUUCAUGGGCAUUUAUAGCUGGGCUUAUGCCAAAUCUGCGCUUUUGACUACUAUAAUGACAAAUGCUCUUUUGUUUGGAACUUCUGAUAUAUUGGCUCAAUCCAUUGCGUGCUGUAUGUCGGGUAAAGUGGAUCCGAUCCCCGAGGUUAUUGAUGCUACGAGUCGAGACAUUACAGCUCGAUUUUCUGCGCUGCGCAAUGACGACCACUUGGAUAUUGAAGGUGACGACGAGAAUAUGUCCAUAUUCGAUGAUUAUGGUCCCCUUCACACACCGCGUCUUUUUACGAGGUUCAACAGCCCGGCAACUCUUGUCGAAGCGGCCGAAGAAGAUGAGGCGUCUGCUCUCGAGGGCAAGUUUGAUUUCUACCGUUGGCUCUGCUUUAUGAGCUGGGGCUCAUUUCUAGCGUUAUUCCAGCUGCCCUGGUACAAGUUCUUGAAUUUUUUUUACACGGAGGAUCCCACAGUUGUUCAAGUCUUGGAACGUGUUCUAUCAGAUCAGCUCGUAUAUUCUCCCAUUUCGCUGUAUUGCUUCCUUAUGUAUUCAAGCUACAUUAUGGAAAAAGGUGAUUUGAACGCAUUUCACCGCAAAAUUGCAAAUCUUUAUCUAAGCACUUUGGGUUGCAAUUUCUUGGUAUGGUUUCCGGUCCAAUUCAUCAAUUUCUCGGUGGUCCCACGCCAUUAUCAGGUACCGUUUAGUUCCUCAGUCGGUGUCUUGUGGAACUGUUUUUUAUCGAUGAGAAAUUCGUAUCACUCCGUGUGA